CGCGGCGGGACCCGGAGCCUCGGACGCGCGGCGGGCACCCGCGAGCGGACGGCGGCCGCGUAGUGAGCAAUGGCCUGAGCCCCCAUGGCUGCCCCUCAGGACCUGGACAUCGCUGUGUGGCUGGCCACGGUGCACCUGGAGCAGUACGCAGACACGUUCCGACGGCAUGGCCUGGCUACAGCAGGUGCAGCCCGGGGCCUGGGCCAUGAGGAGCUGAAGCAGUUGGGCAUCAGCGCCACAGGGCACCGGAAACGCAUUCUGCGCCUGCUGCAGACAGGCACCGCAGAGGUCUCCCUGGAUCCCAAAUCAGAUAGUGCCAUGGAACCAUCCCCCAGCCCAGCCCCCCAAGCCCAGCCCCCCAAGCCCGUUCCGAAGCCCAGGACAGUGUUUGGUGGACUCAGUGGCCCUGCCACCACUCAGAGACCUGGACUGAGCCCAGCCCUCUGGGGACCGGGAGUGUCCAAGAGCCCAGAGCCCAGCCCAAGGCCCCCUCCUCUCCCUACUUCCUCCUCCUCUGAGCAGUCUUCAGCCCUAAAUACUGUGGAGAUGAUGCCUAAUUCCAUCUACUUUGGCCUGGACUUAAGAGGCAGGGCACAGGCAGCUCAGGACAAGGCUCCAGACAGCUCCCAAACCGCUGCCCCCAUCCCUGCCCUUAGGCCCACAACAGGCACAGUACACAUCAUGGAUCCUGGUUGCCUGUACUAUGGUGUCCAGCCUGUGGGGACUCCAGGGGCCCCCGACAGAAGAGAGGGCAGAGGUGUUUGUCAGGACAGGGCUGAACACAGGCUCAGCAGGCAGGAUCUGGAGGCACGGGAGGACGCUGGCUAUGCCAGCCUUGAGCUGCCUGGAGAUUCCACCCUCUCACCGCCCACCCUGGACACAGAGGAGACCAGUGAUGACCUCAUUUCACCCUAUGCCAGCUUCUCCUGCACAGCAGACCGUCCCAUGCCCCUGCUCAGUGGCUGGCUAGACAAGCUCUCCCCUCAGGGAAACUACGUCUUCCAGAGACGCUUUGUGCAGUUCAACGGGAGGAGUCUGAUGUACUUUGGCAGUGACAAGGACCCCUUCCCUAAGGGUGUGAUCCCAUUGACUGCCAUUGAGAUGACCCGCAGCAGCAAGGACAACAAGUUCCAGGUCAUCACCGGCCAGAGGGUGUUCGUGUUCCGCACAGAGAGCGAGGCUCAGCGGGACACGUGGUGCUCCACGCUGCAGUCCUGCCUGAAGGAACAGCGCCUCCUGGGCCACCCCCGGCCCCCGCAGCCGCCUCGACCUCUCCGCACCGGCAUGCUGGAGCUUCGUGGACACAAGGCCAAGGUGUUUGCUGCCUUGAGCCCUGGAGAGCUAGCACUGUACAAGAGUGAGCAGGCCUUCUCUCUGGGCAUCGGGAUCUGCUUCAUCGAGCUGCAGGGCUGCAGCGUCCGGGAGACCAAGAGUAGAAGCUUUGACCUGCUCACACCCCAUCGCUGCUUCAGCUUCACAGCUGAGUCUGGGGGUGCUCGGCAGAGCUGGGCGGCCGCUCUGCAGGAAGCAGUAACCGAGACACUGUCUGACUACGAGGUGGCCGAGAAGAUCUGGUCUAAUCGGGCCAACCGGCAUUGUGCGGACUGUGGGGCCUCUCGACCAGACUGGGCUGCUGUCAAUUUGGGGGUGGUCAUCUGCAAGCAGUGUGCAGGUCAGCACCGGGCCCUGGGUUCCGGGAUCUCCAAGGUGCAGAGCCUGAAGUUGGACACGAGUGUCUGGAGUAAUGAGAUAGUGCAGUUGUUCAUUGUCCUGGGAAAUAAUCGUGCCAACCGAUUCUGGGCAGGGAGCCUACCCCCAGGUGAGGGACUGCAUCCAGAUGCGACCCCUGGCCCCCGGGGAGAGUUCAUCUCCCGAAAGUACCGGCUGGGCCUCUUCCGGAAGCCCCACCCUCAGUACCCAGAUCAUAGCCAGCUUCUCCAGGCCCUGUGUGCAGCCGUGGCAGGACCCAACCUGCUGAAGAACAUGACCCAGCUCCUCUGUGUUGAGGCCUUCGAGGGCGAGGAUCCCUGGUCCCCCCCAGCCCUCGAUGGCAGCUGCCCCAGCCUCUUGCCCCCAGACCCCUCCCCUGGUGUGUACAAUGAGGUGGUAGUGCCUGCCACUUACAGCGGCUUCCUGUACUGCAGUCCCAUCAGCAACAAAGCUGGACCCUCACCCCCUCGCAGGGGCCGGGAUGCUCCCCCCCGCCUAUGGUGUGUGCUGGGAGCAGCUCUGGAAACGUUUGCAUCAGAAAACAGCCCUGAACCCCUCAGCCUCAUACAGCCCCAGGAUGUUGUAUGUCUGGGCGUGAGCCCUCCGCCCACUGACCCAGGUGACCUUGACAGGUUCCCCUUUUCCUUUGAACUCAUCCUCACUGGGGGGAGGAUCCAGCACUUUGGCACAGAUGGAGCUGACAGUCUGGAGGCCUGGACUAGUGCUGUGGGCAAGUGGUUUUCCCCGCUGAGCUGCCACCAGCUGCUGGGCCCAGGGCUGCUGCGGCUGGGCCGCCUAUGGCUGCGGUCCCCUUCCCAUACAGCCCCAGCCCCUGGUCUCUGGCUGUCAGGGUUCGGCCUCCUUCGUGGUGAUCACCUCUUCCUGUGCUCAGCGCCGGGCCCUGGCCCCCCAGCCCCUGAGGACAUGGUGCAUCUGCGGCGGCUACAGGAGAUCAGUGUGGUUUCUGCAGCUGACACCUCAGACAAGAAAGAGCAUUUGGUCCUGGUGGAGACAGGAAGGACCCUGUAUCUGCAGGGAGAGGGCCGGCUGGACUUUUCGGCAUGGAACGCAGCCAUUGGGGGCGCAGCUGGUGGGGGCGGCACUGGGCUGCAGGAUCAGCAGAUGAGCCGGGGUGACAUCCCCAUCAUCGUGGAUUCUUGCAUCAGUUUUGUUACCCAGCAUGGGUUACGGCUGGAGGGUGUAUACCGGAAAGGGGGCGCUCGUGCCCGCAGCCUGAGACUCCUGGCUGAGUUCCGUCGGGAUGCCCGGUCGGUGAAGCUCCGACCAGGGGAGCACUUUGUGGAGGAUGUCACCGACACACUCAAACGCUUCUUUCGUGAGCUCGAUGACCCUGUGACCUCUGCACGGUUGCUGCCUCGCUGGAGGGAGGCUGCUGAGCUGCCCCAGAAGAAUCAGCGCCUGGAGAAAUAUAAAGACGUGAUUAGCUGCCUGCCGAGGGUCAACCGCCGCACCCUGGCCGCCCUCAUUGGGCAUCUCUAUCGGGUGCAGAAAUGUGCAGCUCUAAACCAGAUGUGUACACGGAACCUGGCUCUGCUGUUUGCGCCCAGCGUGUUCCAGACGGAUGGGCGGGGGGAGCACGAGGUGCGGGUGCUGCAGGAGCUCAUCGAUGGCUACAUCUCUGUAUUUGAUAUUGAUUCUGACCAGGUAGCUCAGAUUGACUUGGAAGUCAGUCUUAUCACCACCUGGAAGGAUGUGCAGCUGUCCCAGGCUGGAGACCUCAUCAUGGAAGUUUAUAUAGAGCAGCAGCUCCCAGACAACUGUGUCACUCUGAAGGUGUCCCCAACCCUGACUGCUGAGGAGCUGACUAACCAGGUACUGGAGAUGCGGGGGACAGCAGCUGGGAUGGACCUGUGGUUGACUUUUGAGAUUCGAGAGCAUGGGGAGCUGGAGCGGCCACUGCAUCCCAAGGAAAAAGUCUUAGAGCAGGCCCUACAAUGGUGCCAGCUCCCAGAGCCCUGCUCAGCCUCCCUGCUCUUGAAAAAAGUCCCCCUGGCCCAGGCCGGCUGCCUCUUCACAGGUAUACGACGUGAGAGCCCAAGGGUGGGGCUGCUGCGGUGUCGUGAAGAGCCACCUCGCUUGCUGGGGAGCCGCUUCCAGGAGAGGUUCUUUCUGCUGCGUGGCCGCUGCCUGCUGCUGCUCAAGGAGAAGAAGAGCUCUAAACCAGAACGGGAGUGGCCUUUGGAAGGUGCCAAAGUCUACCUGGGAAUCCGCAAGAAGUUGAAGCCUCCAACACCGUGGGGCUUCACAUUGAUACUGGAGAAGAUGCACCUCUACUUGUCCUGCACUGACGAGGAUGAGAUGUGGGAUUGGACCACCAGCAUCCUUAAAGCUCAGCACGAUGACCAGCAGCCAGUGGUCUUACGACGCCGCUCCUCCUCUGACCUUGCCCGUCAGAAGUUUGGCACUAUGCCUUUGCUGCCCAUCCAUGGGGAUGACAGUGGAGCCACCCUUCUCUCUGCUAAUCAGACCCUGCGGCGACUACACAACCGGAGGACCCUGUCCAUGUUCUUUCCAAUGAAGUCAUCCCAGGGGUCUGUGGAGGAGCAAGAGGAGCUGGAGGAGCCUGUGUACGAGGAGCCAGUGUAUGAGGAAGUAGGGGCCUUCCCUGAGUUGACCCAGGACACCUCCACCUCCUUCUCUACCACACGGGAGUCGACAGUGAAGCCAGAGAACCCCCUCACCAGCCAGAAGUCCUUGGAUCAACCUUUUCUCUCCAAGUCAAGCACCCUGGGCCAGGAGGAGAGGCCACCUGAGCCUCCUCCAGGCCCCCCUUCAAAGAGCAGUCCCCAGGCACGGGGUUCCCUGGAGGAACAGCUGCUUCAGGAGCUCAACAACCUCAUCCUGAGGAAGGGAGAGAUCACUGCAGGCCUGGGAAGUCCUCCCCAGCCAUCCAGUCCCCAGUCCCCCGGCCCCAUUGGCCUUCCAACACAGACACCUGGUUUCUCCACCCAACCCCCCUGCACUUCCAGUCCACCCUCCAGUCAGCCCCUCACAUGACCCUAGGACCAGCAGACUGAGAGAGUAGGUACCAGAAGACUCAGAAGCUCUUAUCAUGGCACUGCUGGCAGCUUCCUCUGCCCUGGCUGGAAAGACUCCAGAAUCCAGUGUGGUGCUGUGGAAGGAGCACCAGACUGAAGGCUUCAGUGGCUGCAUGUCCCAGGACAGGUCAUGGCAUUUUUCUGUACCAUGAGGUAACUGAAGUAAGGAGAGCAGUGAAUAUCAAACUGUGUUUCUCAGAGCCAUAGCCUCACAUAGUUUCCCUCAACAAGGGCAGCUCCUGCUUUAUAUGUUUGAUAUAUAGGGGUUCUAUGAGACAUUUUGGGUUUUAAAGGAAUGGUUUUUAUCUGCAUUAAAGAAAAAAUGCUUUGGAAACCAGAGGCCUGGAUGAUGUUCAAGUCUAUCCUGCCCGACUUCCUACAUUCUGGAACUACAAAGAAGCCUCGAGUAGGGAGACUGAUUGAGAUUGAGGGGCUGGGAUCGGGGGAGCCAGAAAUAAAUGAGUCAUUGUCAAUAAACCUUGGAACCAAAAGAC